AUGAUUCCAAAUACUAGGAGAAUCUUUGUUAGCUGUACCCCCAAAAUUUUUCUCCUUUAUGUACAUACUCUAGCACUGGGCUGGGUCUUAGUGGUCUGGCCACUCUCUGCUCUUAUCUUUCCUCCAUUUUUAUUCCUGCUUAGGAAGAUUCCCUGCCGUGUUUCUCCCGUAUUUCUAAACACUUCUUUCUUUCAUUCAGAGUUAACCUGCCCCCCGAACAGCCACUAUGAGCUCUGUGGACCUUCCUGCCCAGCCUCUUGUGCCCACCCAGCUGUGCCCUCCCACUGCCGGACUGCGUGUGAAGAAGGGUGCCAGUGUGACCCUGGCUUUGUGCUGAGUGGCACUGACUGUGUGCCUCCAGAGCAGUGCGGCUGCACCCACAAUGGCAGAUACCACCUGGCAGGGGAAAGCUUCUGGGAAGGAGAAAAUUGCCAGAGAUUGUGCAGAUGUGACGGCUCCUCCCGCACUGUCCAGUGCUCCCACUCUGCCUGUGCCCCUGGGGAAUUCUGUGGCACUCGAAAGGGGGUUUAUGGGUGCCACGAGCGAACCAACGGCAUCUGCUGGGCUUCUGGUCUGCCCCAUUACACUACGUUUGAUGGGAAGCGAUACAAUUUCCAGGGCACCUGCAAAUAUGUCUUUGCUGAACUGUGUGGGGCAUCAAAGUCCUUACCCUUCUUCAGAGUGGAAGUGAAGAACGGAAACCUGCCCCAUGUUCCUGUGGCUGUGACCUCGGAGGUGUUUGUCCUUGUGAAUGGUACUGAGAUCCAUCUGCAGAGAGGGCAGCACGGGACAGUCAAGGUAAUUCCAUGGGACUAAUGCUCUCUGGGAAACCACAGUAUCACCAUCUGUGGAGAUUUAAGCAGCACCAUCACUCACAACUUCCUGAAACGGUCACAAUUCAUGCCAUGUCUACACUAGCGAGCUUACAGUGACACAGCUGUACCAAUGCAGCCACUCUGUGCUGAGAGGAGAGGGCUCGCCCAUUGAAAUCAUGAAACUACCCCCAACCAGCAGCAGGAGCUAUGUUGGCAUGAGAAGUUC